GCGUUUCAUGUGAAACGGCAUUGGGAUGGCCAUCGCAGCCGCGGCAGUUCUCGAUGGAUCCACUCCAUGUUGAGAUCGAAGGCGAAGCAGAGUACUUGCGGGGUCGGUUGGCCACCGCUACCUCGGACGCAGCGGUGCUGCGAGACCAGAUCCAUCGGCGGACGCAGCUCCUGGACGAGCUCCGUGCAGCCUACAUCCGCGACGUGGUCGUGAUGAAGGAUCGCUUGUGGAAACACGGCAUUCGCACCGACGCAGAGUUGCAUGCCCUGCCGUCCGCCGACGUCAAGCCGCUCCUGCCGCUCUUUAGUCCCGCCGAGAGCUUGCUCAGAAUUCGACCGUGUGCGACGUGUGGCGGCGGCGCCGACUUGAUUCGAUGCAAUGAAGAAGCAUGGAUGAAGGCCGAAAUGGCGGCACAGGUGGCCAUGCAACAACUUGCUACGAUGAAAGCUGCCAAGGACAACGUGGACGAAGCGCUGGCGACGAUGACAGAAGAUGCCGCGACCUUCCGGCGCAUGCUGGCCAAGGAGCAAAAGCUGACGGCAUUCCUCCAGGACGAAAAGAAGCGGUUGAAGGGCAAGCUAGACGCCAUGGCGGCGCGGGCAACCCAUCACGCCACCACGGAAUCCACUGUCGUCCACCUCGAAACCAUGGUGGCGAAGCUCCAGACGGCCGCCGCUGCCGCGGACAUGGCGGUGUCGCAGCUCAAAGCCGAGCUUACCCAAACACAAGCAGAGCACGCGAUUGCAAUGCAAACAGCGGCAGCAGCCGCGGCGGCCGAGCUGGAAACGCAAUGGAAGGACUGGCAGCGCAAGUUCGAUCGGUGCGAGGAGCGCCAGGUCAAAGCAGGCCAAGUGAUCCAAUCUCUUGAGCGAGACGUCGAGCGAUUUGAAAAUGCAGCCGCCGAAAUCGAGACUCGCGUGGAGCUGCGCCACAUGCAGGACCUGAACGCGUUGUCGUUGAAAUGGCAGCGGGAAGUUGACGCACAUGCAGCCACCAAGCAGCGCAUGACAAACGCCAUGGCUGACUUGGAACAGCGGCUCCAGGAUGCUGUCGUCGCGUUGCUACCCGCACAAGAGCAACUUGCCGCCACGCGACAGCAACUCGACGAACGAACUCGCGAACGCGACGCAUCCAUGGCCCAAUACACGACUCUCGAUGACCUUUUUCGCACCAAGACCAAGUUGUGGCAGACCAAGUACGAUGAAAUGGAUGGACAGUGGCGAAGCACGGUGAAACUCACGACGUGGCGGAGCGUUCGAUGGCGCGUGCACUUGCAAGCUAUCCUCAAACAGUAUGCAGCUUGGUGCCUGUGGCUCCAGCACGUAAUUCGCCAGUCCAAGGCGGUGUGGCGCCAGCAGCGUGCGAAGAUGGAAGGCUUGCUCUCAGAUCAACAAGACGCAUAUCGAAGGUUGGAGCGAUCGAUGCAAAGCUAUGAAGACCAGCGCCGGGAAGCCCGUGAACUCGCCCGGUCGUUGGAAGACAAGUUGCGCAUUGCCACUGACACCCUCAAGCAGCGCACACUCGAGCACGCCAUGGCAAACCGCAACGUGGUCCGCGCCGAGUGCACAAUCAGGCAGCUCGAAGUUCAAGUGCAGACGCUGACCAGUGCCUUGGAGAGUCAGUGGGAGGUGAGCGGCGGCAUGCUGAUGGCGGCGGAAGAGGCGGCCGCGCGCCACAUCGAAGCGGGCCGAGCUUGGCAAGCCACGUACUUGGACGCCCGCGACGAAUGGGCUGCAGAGACCCACGUAUGGGAGGCAAAGGUAGCGCGCUUGCAGGACGACGUCGAGCGCGCGCGACGGGAGCGGCACGCUGCCGAGGGCAAGACUGUCAAGUUCCUUGAACGGCAAGCUCGAAUAGCACCUUCACAGUCUCACGGAGGUACUCUGGGCAGGCUGAAGUUGACGCAGGCGUGUUUGGAAGAGAAAACGUUGGAGUGCAUGGCGAUUCAGCAGGAGAUGGCGGAUGUCGGCGCCGAAUUGGUAUGCUUGGAGCGGAAGCUAGCGGGCGAGCACCGUCGAGUGGCCAUGUACGAUGAUAUGGUGGACAACCUCACCAACGUGCUGCGGGACCAGCAGCGCCGCCAACUUGAAAACGAGCGAAGAAUCAGUGCGCUACAGCAAUGCCACGGGGAAGCGACAGCAGCCAUGGACUUGGAAUGGAUGGCGGCGACUUGCGCCGCGACGACGAUCCAAAUGAUGUGGCGGGGAUGGCGCGCGAGACGCCUGCGGCCGCACAAAAAGGGGAUUUACUUGAUGGAGACGAAUCACGUGAUUCAAACGACAGAGGAUGGUCGCCGCGCGAGCGUGCGGCGGCUCCACCUCGUCCGCGCGACUCAAUCGACGACCGUCGCGUUGACUGAGCUGGGCCUCGUGGACGUACCUGCGAUUCUCGCGCAAGGCGCGACUUCCGCGGGCGGUCGCGCAAGGUGCAUGAAGCGCCGAGCGUCGACCGCAUCGACGACACGACUGGGAUCGACCAAGGCUACGGCGUCCGACGGGCCGAACGCCAUUGAAACGGCCACGACAGCCCUUGCGGCCCAAUUGAUUCAAAACGCGUGGAAGUCGAUGCGAUUGCGAAUGGAGCGCAGAAACAUUCCUCUCGGCGAGCCUGGGCGGAUGGCCCUCGAGUCGCGCAUUCAAACGUUGCGGCAGCAACAUCGCCGCAUGACGGACACGCUUCGCGGCAUAGGCAUGGUGUGCAGGCAGCAAGCGCAACUAGUGGCGCUGAAAGUUGCCUUCCGGUCCAACGACAAGUCACGUGAAUGGAGAUAUCGUAGCCGGAACAUUCCCCCACUGCUCAAGUACCGCCUCCAACACCCGCUCAAGCCGACCGGGGUGGUUACGGCGACUGGUCAGACCACGCACAUGGUUCCUCACGAACGUCUUGACUCUAACAAGCAAUCAUCGACGAGGUAAACCUUGGGGGGCGCGUAUAUUAAGAGGGUGGCUGGGAUUUCUUGGCGAAAAACGCAUGGAGCGUCCUCGUGUUGGUUGGCGAUGGACGAGUUGGCCCCUUGGCCGAUGCCAGAGGUUUCGCUGCCUUCUUCUUG